AGCCCCGGAGCUCUCCCGGCGGUGGCGGCUGCUGAAGUGCAGCGGUGACCGGAUCGGCAACACGGGGCUGGGUUCAUGGCGGCGACGGCGGUGGCAGCAGGGACCGGGGUCUCGGCGGGGACUGAGUCGGCCGAAGGGCCCCCGGGCCCGGUGGCGGCGCUGGAGCUGUGGCUCAACAAAGCCACAGACCCUAGCAUGGCAGAACAGGAUUGGUCAGCUAUCCAGAAUUUCUGUGAGCAGGUGAACACUGACCCCAAUGGCCCCACACACGCGCCCUGGCUGCUGGCCCACAAGAUCCACUCUCCUCAAGAGAAAGAAGCUCUUCAUGCCUUAACGGUGCUGGAGAUGUGUAUGAACCACUGUGGAGAGAAGUUCCAUGGCGAGGUGGCUAAGUUCCGCUUCCUGAAUGAACUGAUCAAAGUGUUGUCUCCAAAGUACCUGGGGUCCUGGGCCACAGAAAAAGUUAAAGGAAGAGUCAUUGAAAUACUCUUCAGUUGGACAGUCUGGUUUCCAGAAGACAUCAAGAUUCGAGAUGCCUAUCAGAUGCUAAAGAAACAAGGAAUUAUAAAACAAGACCCUAAGCUACCAGUGGAUAAAAUCUUACCCCCACCUUCUCCCUGGCCUAAGAGCUCGAUCUUUGAUGCUGAUGAAGAAAAGUCAAAGCUUCUGACAAAGCUUCUGAAGAGCAACCACCCUGAGGAUCUUCAAGCUGCAAACCGGCUGAUCAAGAAUUUGGUCAAGGAGGAACAAGAAAAAUCAGAGAAGGUGUCCAGGAGAGUCAGUGCCGUGGAGGAAGUACGAAGCCACGUGAAGGUGCUGCAGGAGAUGCUGAGCAUGUACCGCAGGCCAGGGCAGGCCCCACCAGACCAGGAGGCCUUGCAGGUCGUGUAUGAAAGAUGUGAAAAGCUGCGGCCUACCCUGUUCCGGUUGGCAAGUGACACCACCAAUGAUGAUGACGCGCUUGCUGAGAUUCUCCAGGCAAAUGACCUCCUCACCCAAGGAGUUCUGCUGUACAAACAGGUGAUGGAGGGCCGUGUCACCUUUGGAAAUACAGUGACCAACUCAGUGGGAGACAUACCUGUCUCCAGAGUCUUUCAGAAUCCAACAGGCUCCAUGAAAAACUGUCCCCUGAUUGACUUAGAGGUGGAUGAUGGAUCUAAGCAGGCUGGGACUGUGGCUCCAUCUUUGCUUCAUCAGGACCUGGAAGCCUUAGGAAUCAGUGAUGGUCCUGUUAUGAACAAGUUUGCUGGUCAGAAUUGCUGUAAGGAAAAGAGCAAUCCCUCUUCUAGCACACUGCUGGGUGGUGGCAUUCAAAGCUCUUUUGGAGACCAGAACUUGCUGGAUCUCAUCUCACCACAGUCAUCUGCUGGUCCUCUGAAUUAUGUCUCACAGAAAAGCAUCCCUAAAGAAGUGCCACCAGGUACUAAGUCCUCUCCAGGUUGGUCCUGGGAGGCUGGCCCAUUGGCUUCUUCUCCAUCUUCACAGAAUACACCUCUGGCUCAAGUGUUUGUUCCUUUGGAGUCUGUUAAACCCAGCAGUCUGCCACCUCUGACUGUGUAUGACCGGAAUGGAUUCAGAAUUCUGUUGCACUUCUCCCAGACUGGGGCCCCUGGCCACCCCGAAGUACAGGUGUUGCUCUUGACUAUGAUGAGCACUGCUACCCAGCCUGUUUGGGACAUCAUGUUUCAAGUUGCUGUGCCAAAGUCAAUGAGAGUAAAGCUGCAGCCAGCAUCCAGCACCAAGCUUCCUGCAUUCAGUCCUUUGAUGCCUCCAGCUGUGAUAUCUCAGAUGCUUCUCCUUGACAAUCCACAUAAAGAACCUAUCCGGUUACGAUAUAAGCUAACAUUUAACCAAGGAGGACAGCCAUUCAGUGAAGUAGGAGAAGUGAAAGACUUUCCAGACCUGGCUGUCUUGGGUGCAGCUUCUUUUCAGGAGACGGACCCUUCAGUUCAUGCUUAGGCCAGCGUUACUUUUGCUGUCUAUACUGGACUAGUCAUGGUGUUUUAGUGCACAGUGCCAAGAGUUCUAUCCUGACAUCAUGCUAUGGAUGCCAACAUCUGACUUACUCUGCAGAUUGUGUGUGGGUGUGUGUGUUUGAGAUCAGGGGGGUGGGAGAGGGUACAACAGGGAUUUUGAUGUGGGCAGUGUGGGAAAUGCUGAAGUAUUUCUGAUAAUCAUCUCUGUUAUAAUCAUAUCUGUUUCUGCAUGUUAGUGGGCACUGAUGUCCCUGCCUCAGGUUGGAGGUUUUAUAAGCCAAAGUUUUUUUCAUGUAGUGUUAUCUUUCCAUUCAUCCACUGUGUGCCUUGUCAGCCUUUGAAAGUCUUGGUUGCUCCCAGACUGUUGUUCUCAGGGACCUUAAAAGGGACCUGGUUGGUCUUGGAGCAGAGACUUGUCUUCUGGGGCAUUCUCUUUCAAGAAAGACCUUGUGUCCGUUUUCAUUAGAGAUUGCUGCUUGCAUGUGUAUGAGAAGAUCAUCUAAAUGGAAUACUUUUUGCACUGUUUCCAGAUCAGGAGCUGCUGUGAGCCAGAGGACCACACUUGGGGGACCAAUCAUGUCCUUCACCACUGUGCCUUAUUAGAAUCGCCCUUAGAUGGACCCUCUGGGCAGAGGGGAAGGCAGAUUCCAAGCCUCAUUCUGGCCUCAGGUCUGUGGGUUAGGCAGCCAGUCUGGGCCCUUCCUCAGGAUUCUCAUCUCCAUCCUCGUCUUCUUUUUCCACAAACAUUUAUUUAGAGUUUCUUUGGUUGUCACACCAUGUUAGUCAUAAAUCAUAGCUCACAGGCGUAUUGACUUCACAGUCUAAGAAUCGGAACUGUGAUACAGACAUGAAAAGAGCUUAGCAAUGAUUUAAGUGGUGACUAAAUAUAGAAAGUCAUUGAAUAAAUACCACAUAGCAUGUGUACUUUGUGGAGUGUUGAGUAAGUGAAAGAUGUAAAGCUGAUUGCAUUUAGAGAUGAUAGGCUUAAAGGGAACUGUCUUCUAUUGAGAAGGAAAAUUUUGUAAAGAAUAUAACUGCCCUUUCUUAACUGCCUCAGUGAAGAGAGAAAUGUGAAGAUCUGAAGAAAGCUGGGUAUUUGUUAAAUUUAUAAUCUGAAAGCAAAUUUCAGGUUUAUAUUCAGUUUGUGCUUAGCUCCUACUGUGUGCUGGGAGCUCUGUGCAGAUUUAACAGUCCUGCUUGGCCUGAUCAGUGGGAGAAGGAACCUGAGUGAGCCUGGCUAAGGUGGCCCCAUGGAGGGCUUUGAAGUUGAAGCAGCUGACUUGGCCAGGUUCUACCUCAGAAGCUACAAGGCUGUUUGCUCCUCUUAAUCAUACAAUGUCUGACAGUUAAGUUUGUGAACUCAUCCUAGAAAAAGUACUACAUACUGCAUUGCUGAAUAUCACUACGGUCACCUUUGAAUUACAACCCUUGGGAAGCUGUGUACCGACACCAGCUCCUAGUCUACUCUUCAAAGCAAUUGUGGAAUACUUUUUCUGGAAUGGCCAUAAAAGCUGUUGUAUUG